AUGUCUACGUAUUCUGAAUCUAAUUUUAACACUACUCACUACAAUCUGGCCAGGCCAUCGUAUCCGGAUGAGUUCUACAAUACAUUAAUCGAGUAUCAUGACUCUACCAACUCUGCACACGAGCUAGCAUUGGACAUCGGAUGCGGAUCGGGGUUCGUCGCUUUCAAGCUUAUUGAUUUCUUCGAAAAAGUGAUUGGUACUGAUAUUUCUAGCACUAUGGUGAACCAAUGCCGCAAAACGGCGAAGCCAGGCAAAAAUAUUCAAUUUCUUGUAGGUUCUGCAGAACAGGCCCCUCCUGAGAUACAGGAAAAUUCGGUUGACUUGAUCACCGGUGCUGAGUGCUGCCAUUGGGUUGAUCACGAAAAGUUUUUCAAAGAAUCCUUUAGGAUCUUGAAACCCGGCGGAACCUUGGCCUACUGGUUUUAUAAGGAUCCGAUCUUCAUUGGUCACGACAAGGCCAACGAGAUUUAUACAAAUUACACCUAUAAUUCUUCCAUGGAAAUGAAUAAAGACGACACCUUUGAGAGGUACAUGGGCCCUUAUUACCAGCAGCCAGGCCAUGACUACUUGCGGACGUUAAUGAAAGAAAUUGAGGUCCCAACUAAGUAUUACAAAAACGUCGUAAGACAUGAAUACGACCCAGUACACCAUGGUGCUGACAGUACAAAGACAACUCUCUAUAUUUCCAAAAAGAUCACUCUCCCAGCAUUUUUGAAUUAUGUCAAAAGUUGGAGUGCAUAUCAUACCUGGAUGACGGAACAUGGAAGCAAAUAUGACAUUGCUGAAGCUUUUGUUAAUGAACUAAAGGAAGCAAUGAAUUGGGAUGACACGUUUGAAUUCGAAGUAGUCUGGGCCACCGUUUACACGUUUGCUAAAAAGAAAUGA